AUGAUGAUCAAAAGUGAGCAAUUGAGCCGUACUAAUCAUUUAAAACGAGUUGUACCAAUCGGAUCAACAGUAUCUCUUCCAUCGCAAUCACCUAUAUUUUCAACAGCGUCAAUUGUCAUUCCUCAACGAUCAACUGAUAUACAUGCACUCGAUAUAUCUUCAAUUAAAGGCCGAUUCGCAUGGGAAAGAAUAGCACUUGGCGACACCUACAUGCCUGUUAUUUUUCGUGGUACAACAAAAUAUUUUUGUGUUAAAAUGCUUCGUAAAUUAUUAGCUGAAUAUCCUGAAGAUAUUAUUCGUCGUUCAGGAUAUUAUCAAUAUCGAAAACCAAUUCCUUUAUAUGCAGCAACUUCAAAUGAACUUGCACUAUUAAAUCGAAUAAAUACUCAACAUUCUCAUUGGGCAUAUUCACGACAACCAUUUACUAUUGCUGAUGAACUUGUACGCGUUUCAGAUUUUCUUCCAUUUUAUGAAUAUUUGCGUUUGUCAUUCAAACCGACUUCUAUUUCACAAACGACAUCAACAAAUUUAUUACGGCCAAUUUUACCACAAGCUACCAAGCAAUCAUCAGAUUUUAAUUUUAAUAUAUCGAAUUCACUUCUUGGACAUUCAACAACUCCACUUGCAACAGCAUCUACUCAGAUACCACCAUAUAUUGUAUCAGAAUUACGUCAUGAGAAUAUUUCAUCAAUUCCUCGAUCAAUAGCACCACCACCACCACCACCACCAUCGUCACUUGUACAGCGUCCUCCACAACUAUCAAAAUAUGAUAUACAAGUACCGGCAUUACCACGACAAGUACCACAGCAAGCUUCUACGCAACAAAAACAACAAGUACCUCUACCACCUAUUCAACAACCUAAAGCAACAUCAUCGAAUGCUGUUAUUAACUCAACAACUACCGUGCUUCCAAAUAAACCUUCGAUAACUUCUGCUGUAACUUCUACAUCUCAACCAUCGACAUCAACUACACCAAUACCAGUGAACAGUUCUUCAUCUCCAGACGCGACUAUUUCAUCGCCUAUAAUACCAACUAGUCGAAAGUUAUCAACAACUUCAAUAGAAAAACAAAUGACACCGAUGUCUAAACAGCCAUUAUCAUCAGCAACAGCAUCAUCAUCAUCUCCAGUACUAAAAAUACCUCAUCCUCAUUCUGGUUGGUUGCAAAUAAAUAAACUUUAUACACCUUAUGUAUCAUUAAGUACAUCAAAUCAUCAUUUAUACAAAAUACCUGUUAGUCUUCUAACAUUUUAUGAUCUUCUUAAAAUUCCAUCAUCGGAAAAUAAUACAAAUGAAUCAAUAGAUUUACCAUUAUCUUGUGAGCAAACACUUGUUACACCACAAGAAAUUGAACUUAUUAAUGAACUGUGUGUAAAACAAAAUAUUAAACCAUUCUCUUAUGAUACAAAACUUAUUGAUUUAUUAGCAUUUUAUCAACAUUGUUCAACUAAUGUAUUAUUUAUUAAAGAAUUACCAUUAAAUGAUCCAAAAUCAUCUAUUUGUAAAGAUUGGGCAUCAAUUGUACAAAUUAAUGGUGGUAUUUGUCGUUUACGUAAUAUAACAACAUUACAUGAACAAACUGUACCAUUUAUUGGAAAUAAUUUAUUAAAAAUUUUUAUUAUAUCAUCACAAUGUUUAUCAUCAGCAUCAUUAACAACACCAACAACAGCUGAAAAUGAAUUUCUUCAAUUAAUACUAUUCUUUAGUAAUAUGUCAAUAAAUAUACAUAAUGCAAAAUUAAUCGAUAUUGAAUCUGUACGCAAAGAAUAUACUGUUGAUUUGAUACUUUUAUUUAAUGAUAAAUUUCCGUUAAAUGUACUUAAUUAUCAACAUCAACCUAAAACACCAUCGUCUUCACAAGGACAAGCUACUCAGUCAGAUUCUUCAGCAGCAACAAAUACGUUUGCUGAAUCAACACCACCUCCAUCACCACCAUCAUCACCGACGAAUAAUAAUUCUGUUACUCCAACAUCUCAAUUACCAAUAGCAUCAUCUUCAUCAAAUCGGUAUCAAAAAACAAUUACAUUUCAUGGUCAUCCAAUGACAGCAUAUAUAUGUUCCGGUAUUGACUCCAAUGCUCAUCGGGAAUGUAUUUCAGUUAGAGCAUUAUGCGAUGUGCUUUAUCCAAAUUCAUCAAUAAUUGAUAAACUUGAAACAAGAAUGCUUCGCUUAUUACGGUUAAAAAAGAUCAAUCGAUUUCGACCACAAAAUCAACAAACAAUAAGUUUUACACGUUUAGUUGAUAUUCAAGAUAUUGAAAUACAUUGGGAUUAUAUUGAAAAAGGAAUGCAUUCAUUGUCUAAUAAUGAUGAAGGAAAGAAAAGUGUACAAGAAAAUACUUCAUCAUCAUCAACAGAUAAAGAUUUAAAGGCAAGUAUAUCGAAUAAAAUAGAAAAUAAAAGAAAAAUAUUUGUGCAAGAAGAAACUUCGAUUGAAGUAAAUCCAAGUGAGAAAGGAUCAUUGAGAAGUGAAAUUGAAGAUAUACCUAUUGUGGAACAAAUCUGUAAGCGUGGACGAAUUUCGGGAGACGAUAAUAAUGAUAAUAAUAAUGAACAAUCAAAAUCAAUACCAGCAAAUUCAACUGAAACAAUUGAAUGUAAUCAUUCAAAUAAUAAUGAAACCAAAGAAGAUAAAAAUGUUGAUAAUGAUAAAAAUCAAAUGAAAAAUCAACGCGGUUCUCCUCCUUCUCCUCCUCCUCCUCCUCUUCCUCCUCUUCCAACUUUACCAAUUAAAUCAAUUCUUCGACAAAAUGAUAAGGAUAAUAAAAAGAAAAAAUCUCAACAACCAAAUGGACGAUUAUCAACUGAAUCAUCAAUAUCAUCACGAAAACAAAUCAUGCCAACAAAAAAGAAAAUAAAAAUUAUUAGAAAACGACGAACACCACGCACACGUUCACGUAAACAAUCUAUUGCUGGUUGGCUUCAAAAAUAUAACAUUGACGAUUUUUGCAUUCGUUUGGAUUUUUAUAAUCCAAAUUUUGAAACUGCAAAAAAUUAA